AUGGAGGAGAUAGCAUCGGAGUUGAAGCAGAGAAAUGUGAGAGAAGCGUGGAAGGAGCUGGACGACCACUUUGACUCGACCCGGAGACGGCUCCGGACCCGGUUCCAGGAGCUCCAGGCCCGCGAGGAGGAAAUCGGAGUCCGUGAGAAGCUGUUGGAGGUGAAAGAGCUGAGAUUAGAAGCUCAGGCCAAGGGAUUGAAUGAAGUUGAGAAGCGGGCCGAAGAAGGUAAGAGUCAGUUGGAGUCUCUUAGGGUUUUGAUUGAAAAACAUGAAGCAGAGCUUGGUGUUAAAUUAAAGAGGCUCUCGGAGGUUGGGGAAUUAGUUAGGGAAAAGGAGAGGGAGUAUGAUUUGAUUCAGAAUCGUGUGAAAGAGAGGGGUAAGAGACUGAACAAGUAUAAUCGUGCGAUUGAGUUGAAAAAGGGGCAACUUGGUUCGAUUCUGAAAUCGAUGAUGGAAUGCCAGAGCAGAAUCGAUUCGAGGGAGAAGAUAAUGAGGGAAAUGGAGUUGAAAGGGAGGGACUUUUGUUUGCUGAAGAAAUCGAUGGAGGAUUGGUUAUGUAAAGUUGAAUUGAGAAACAGGGAGCUUGAUGGAUGGGUUGAGGUUCUUGAGGUGAAGGAGAAGGAUGUUGAGUCCAAAGUUGAGGAACUCCAUUUGAUUGUUGAGAGGGUCAGUGAAUGCCUUGAUGAGGUUCAGGUGAAAGAAGAGCAUUUUGUUUCGUUAGAAAAACCGAUACAGGAGCAGGAAAUGCAUUUGUGUUCACUCCAAAAGUUGGUGCAACAGCGUGACAAGGAGUUGGAUUCACUGUCCCAUGAACUUCAAAGGAAAGAGAGGCAUCUUGAAGAGGUUGAAUUGAAGAUGGCGAAAUUAGGACAUGCGAUUCCUUCAUACGUAAGUGAUGAUCAUUCCAGCAUUCAUUGGGAUGGUAGAGGCUUGCAAAUGUUCAUGAAUGAGCAGUUGAAGAGAAUAUAUUCAAUGGGUAGUGAAAUGUCAGCAAUUCUUAAAGCCUCAUCUGACCCAGCAAAAUUGGUUUUGGAUGCAAUGCAAGGAUUUUACCCUUCAAGUUCAACUCUGGACAACAAGGAGACUCAUUUUGAUUUGACAGUUAUUAGAAGGAGUUGUAUUCUUUUGUUAGAGGAUUUGAAGAGAAUGUCACCACAAAUUAAUGUUCGGGUGAGAAACGAAGCAAUGAAGUUGGCGGCUGACUGGAAGGCUAAGAUAGUAUCUAGUGAGAAUACACAGGAGAUUUUGGGGUUUCUGCGGCUUGUUAAUACGUAUGGAUUGAGUUCGAUGUAUGAUGCGAAAGAUCUUCAAAGCCUUCUUGCUGUUGUUCAUAAGCCCGAACAAGCAUCUCAAUCAAGUAGGGCCCUUGGUAUCAAAGAUAAAGCACCUGGGACCAGCAUCAUUUCUUCCCUUAUCAAAACUGUGGAACCAGAAUCUUCACUGGCUAUAAAUGCAAAAACUCUCUCUUCUCCAAAUCCUUCUUCCCAGAAUGACAUGUUGGCUUCUCUUUUAUUGGUCUCUGACCCAGCAGAACAUGUCUUGAAUAGUGUGCAGAGAUCAUUUUCUCAGUACUGGAAACAUGAAGAUGUUAGUUUCAAAGAACGUAUCAUGUUGAAUAACAUGUCUUUGUUGGAGUGUCUAACGAUUAUCUCACCGCAUAUUGGACCUCAUGUGAAAGAAGAUGCAAAACUUCUUGCAGCCUAUUGGAAACCAAAGAUGACAGGCAAUACUGAAAAUUCAGUUGAGACUUUAGGAUUUUUGCUGUUUUUAUCUACAUAUGGAUUGGUUUCUACAUUGAAUACAGAGGAGAUUAUAAAGCUUCUUGAGGUGAUAUCUCAGAAUAAAGGGGCUGUAGAUUUAUGUCAGACACAUGGUUAUGCAGAUAAGAUCUCUGAUUUUAUUCGGAAUCUGAUAGAAAGGAAGCAACUGAUGGAUGCUGUUGGAUUUAUUUGCACCUUCAACCUAGCUGACAAGCUCCCCCCAAUACCACUCUUAAAACAAUAUGUAGAGGAUGCAAAGAAGUGUUCCGAAGUAACUUGCAGCUUAAAGAUACUUCAUGAUGAAAAGGUUAAGAUUGUAGACAACCUCAUAGCUGAUCUAAGAGCUGGGAAACAAUGCAUCAAAGAAUACCAUCUCGAGUGCGAAUACCCAUAUGCGGACAUUGAAAUGCAAAUAGUUCAGCUGGAAAAACUGAAGGAGAAUUGGAGAUGCUCGGCGCCAUCUCUUGGCUCCAGUAUUGUUGAAUCACAAGUGCAGAGAAAACGAAAGAAGCCUAAUACUGGUAGUUCUACCCGCACGCGCAUGCAUUUCCAUCACAACAGCAGCGUAAGCUGUGAGUACUAUUUGGUGCUAACAGACCCUAGCAUGAUGAAGUUGCCACACAGUAACUCUUUUGGACUAAGCUAGUGUAUAUCCUACCCUUUCACAGUGCAAAAGUGUAUUGCUGGCACGACUUUUGUGAUAUUGCUUUCAUAUAGGAGAAGCAUAACAUCUUUUAGAGAGUUAAGAAAACUCUUGAUGUAGAUGGAGUUGGUGAAAUAUUUUGGAACCUUGAUACCAUCUUGUUAAUCAGUUUGGUGACCACUUUAAGUUUGUAAUAUACUUGGCAGAUUUCAUUCUGAUUUUGAUACAAAAGAAGCAUAUA